GUCAACCAGGUCAUAAACCGCAAUCCGAAUAUCGACUCCACCCCCGUUCGUUCGUUCACCUUCACCGGCCAACGAGCGAAAAAUAAAACUGACCGGUGAACCAGAUCCACUCCACCAGAUAUGGCAGGGCUACUAGCAUGGGCGGCGGACGUAGUCAGAUCCGGCGGUGGCGCCACCAGCGAGGAAGACGAGUCCGAUUCCAUCCCCUUAAUAUUCAGUCCUGAACAGGAAAAGUACGUUCGAGACUUAAACAUCAAAGCAGCGGCGUUGAGCCGCUCCGUACAAGACCUCCGGCAGCGUAUACCUCCGCCGGAUAUCUCGCAACGCCUCCCGGACCUCCACGCGCACUCACUCGCCUCCAACGCUGCCCUAGCUCUUCAAUUGAAUGCUCACUCUUCUACUAAAGAACAGGCACAACUGAGAGAAGUUACAUUGCUUGAAGAAAACGCCGCAUUUGAAAAGGCCAUAUCAGAUUGCGAGGGUAAGAUACAAGAGAAGCUACAAGAAGCAGAACAACUUCGUGCUAAGCUAGAGGAACUGGAUGCAACUCAAACAACCGAGCUGCAAAUUGAACAGUCUGCACCAAAUGACGAUGAGUUGGGAGAUUCAGCUGGUUUUUCAGUUAAAUCGACAGCCGAAGCUGAAGCGCAUACCCCAGCGCAAAUUUCUUCCUUGCAGGAGAGUUUAGAGAACAAGAAAAAGGAACUGGCUUCUUUGGAAGAGAUUGUUCAAAAUUUAGAGAGACAAUGGUCUAAGGUUCAAGAAGAGUCACUAAAGCAGCCUUCUCCAGCUCAGAGAGAGAAGAUGUUGGACAAGCAGCUACACAGCCUAAUGGAACAAUUAGCUGCAAAGCAGGCUCAAGCAGAAGGUUUGGUGAGUGAAAUCCAUAUAAAAGAAAUGGAACUAGAUAGACUAAAUGGAAUUUGGAAGGUUGAAACGAGCACCGCAGAGGCCAAUGCUGCCAGAAAUAGGUUUGGGAGAAGUAACUCUGAUCAUGGACAUCAUUCAUCUGAUUACAUUGUUGAUCCUCGUUACAAGCCUACAAGUAGGCCUAUAGAGGCCGUGCAGAGGCAAAUGCUGUUCAGGUCGGCCUUUGUGCUCUACAUUCUCGUUCUGCAUAUUUUGGUAUUUAUCAAGAUAUCGUUAUGAAGUUCCCCACAUGUGCAUUUAAACAGUUAUUAUGUUAAUAUAUUUUACAUCUUUUACUUUGAACUCUUUCUUCUACAGUGCUAUUCCCAAUGAACACGUUCUUAGUUUCUUUACAACCUUUAA